GGUCCCCAUCAAACCCAUUUCAGACGAAAACUAAACCAAAAUAAAAAUCAAAGUCUACUGUUCUUCCUUCCUCUCUUCCUCACCCUCCAAAUCUGUUUCUUCCUCUCCCUGUUCUCUUCAAGAAACCAAAAAUGGCGGUUGGCAAAGAUGAGAUAGUGGAGAUACUCAAACCUCGAACUGACAAAAGAGAGUACAAGAGAAUCGUCCUCCAUAACUCUCUUGAAGUUCUUCUUAUUAGCGAUCCUGAUACUGAUAAGUGUGCUGCUUCCAUGAAUGUCAAUGUCGGCUCUUUCUGCGACCCUGAAGGUCUCGAAGGACUCGCUCAUUUUCUCGAGCACAUGUUGUUUUACGCCAGUGAAAAGUAUCCUAUAGAAGAUAGUUACUCGAAGUACAUAACAGAGCAUGGUGGCCACACAAAUGCUUUCACUGCCUCAGAGUAUACCAACUAUUUCUUUGACAUCAAUGCAGAUGCUUUUGAGGAGGCUCUGGAUAGGUUUGCGCAGUUCUUUAUCAAGCCACUCAUGUCUUCUGAUGCUACCAUGAGGGAAAUUAAAGCUGUAGAUUCAGAACAUCAAAAGAACCUGCUUUCUGAUGUAUGGCGCAUGAACCAGCUCAAUAAAUAUCUCAGCUCACAAGCCCAUCCCUAUCACAAAUUUAGUACAGGUAGCUGGGAUACCUUGGAGGUGCGCCCAAAGGAAAAGGGUAUAGAUACCCGAGAGGAAUUGAUCAAGUUCUAUAAGGAAUAUUAUUCUGCUAACCUGAUGCGUCUUGUUGUUUAUGCCAAAGAUAGUCUUGAUAAAAUUGAAAGUUGGGUGGAAUGCAAAUUUCAAGAUAUACCAAACACUAAUAGAAACUCCCUUAGCUUCCCUGGUGAGCCUUGCACAUCAGACCACCUUCAGAUGCUUGUCAAAGUUGUCCCAAUUAAAGAGGGCCAUAAAUUGAGGAUCAAUUGGCCAAUUACUCCUGGCAUUCAUUACUAUAAAGAAGGACCAUGCAGGUAUCUUGGACAUCUUAUUGGCCAUGAAGCAGAAGGUUCUUUGUUUUACGUCUUGAAGAAAUUGGGUUGGGCCACUGAUUUAUCUGCAGGAGAAUCGGACUGGACUACUGAGUACUCUUUUUUCAAAGUUGUCAUCGAACUCACAGAUGCUGGUCAUGAGAACAUGCAAAAUGUUGUGGGCUUGCUUUUCAAAUAUAUCCAACUUUUACAAAAGUCAGGCGCGUGUGAGUGGAUAUUUAAUGAGCUUUCAGCCAUUUGCGAGACCUCGUUCCAUUAUCAGGACAAAACUGCACCUGCUGAUUAUGUGGUUAAUAUUUCAAGCAAUAUGCAGUUAUAUCCACCAAGAGAUUGGCUUGCAAGAUCGUCACUGCCAUCUAUCUUCAACCCAAACAGUAUCGAAAAGAUACUAAAUGAACUUACUCAGGAUAAUGUGAGGAUAUUUUGGGAAUCAAAGACUUUUGAAGGGCAUACUGACUUGGCAGAGCCGUGGUAUGGAACAACUUAUUCCUGUCAGAAGCUAUCUGCCUCUAUGACUCAGCAAUGGAUGUCUGCUGCCCCUGACGAGAAUCUCCAUCUACCAGCAGCCAAUGUAUUCAUUCCUACUGAUUUAUCUGUCAAAGAUUUCAAGGACAAGGCCUCAUACCCCAUUUUGUUGAGGACUUCAUCUUAUUCGAGACUAUGGUACAAGCCUGAUACAAAGUUUUUCAUCCCCAAGGCUUAUGUCAAAAUAGAUUUUCACUGCCCAUAUGCUGGAAACUCCCCUGAAUCGGAAGUCCUUACUGACAUCUUUACUAGAUUGUUAAUGGAUUACUUGAAUGAAUAUGCUUAUGAUGCUCAGGUUGCUGGUCUUCACUAUGUGAUCAACCAUACAGAUAGUGGAUUUGAGGUGACAGUAUUUGGUUAUAAUCACAAAUUGAGGGUCUUGUUGGAUACGAUAGUUGAUAUGAUUGUGAAUUUUGAAGUAAGAGCUGACAGGUUUGCUGUAAUAAAGGAGACUGUGAUAAAGGAGUAUCAAAACUACAAGUUUCAGCAACCAUAUCAGCAAGCAAUGUAUUACUGCUCAUUGAUUCUCCAAGACAGUUCAUGGCCUUGGAUGGAACAACUUGAAGUUCUACCCAAUCUUGAAGCUGAUGCACUUUCCAAAUUUAUUCCCUUGAUGCUUUCAAAAGCAUUUCUAGAGUGUUAUGUUGCAGGGAACAUUGAUCAGGUUGAGGCUGAGUCAACUGUUGAGCAUAUUGAAAGUGCUUUCUUUAAGUGCUCAAACCCUUUUUGCCAGCCUCUUUUUGCCUCACAGCAUCAGACUAAUAGAGUUGUGAAGCUUAGCAAAGGCAAACGGUUCUGCUAUUCUACCAAAGGCUUGAAUGCAGAUGAUGAGAAUUCGUGCCUUGUUCAAUGUAUUCAGGUACAUCAAGAUGAUUAUCUGGCAAAUGUAAAACUUGAGCUUAUUGCUCUUGUAGCCAAACAACCAGCAUUCCACCAGCUUCGAUCUGUUGAGCAACUUGGAUACAUAACUGCACUUUUAAAGAGAAAUAUAUAUGGCAUCCAUGGUUUGCAAUUUAUCAUCCAGUCUACAGCAAAGGGUCCAAGUCAUAUCGACCAGAGAGUUGAGGCAUUUCUUAGUAAAUUUGAAGAGGAACUUCGUCAGCUUAGUGAAGAUGAAUUCAAGAAAAGCGUCAGUUCACUUAUUGAUAGCAAGCUGGAAAAGCACAAGAAUCUGAGAGAAGAAUCUAGAUUCUAUUGGAAAGAGAUUUCUGAUGGGACUUUCAAAUUUGACAGGAAAGAAUCCGAGGUCUCAGCACUGAAGAAGCUGACCCAGCAAGAGCUAAUAGAUUUCUUUGAUGAAUAUGUUAAAGUUGGUGCCACCCGAAAGAAAACAUUGAGUAUAUGGGUGUAUGGAUCCACGCAUAUAUCGGACUAUGAAGUCGAUAAAAGCAACGCAGAGCAAUCAAAUUACAUUUGCAUUGAUGAUAUUUUCACUUUUAGAAGAUCGCAAUCUCUCUAUGGCUCGUUUAAAGGUGGUCGGAGUCCUACAAAACUGUAAGGAAAGAUUAAAACUCUAGAAAAGGAGGUGGUGCAGUCAAAGGUUGAACUGGUUUUUCCUUUACCUCUUAUACACUGGAUGGACAUUACCUAGGAUUGUACCAGAAAAUGUUAAAAGUGUCAUAUUAUUGAUUGUUUUUUGGAUUCAUGUAUAAUAAUAAUAACAUUGCAUCAACAAAUUUCAAAAUCCUUGAUUGCAGGACUUGUUUAAUACUUUGUGAAUGGUCAAUAUAUACCUGAAAUACAUCAGCAACAUUCUGUAACAAAAAUUAUAUGAUAAGGAACUAUUGUGUAUAA